UCAAUUAGAACAUUUUACUUUCUAUUUCAGAUGAAGUUGUAUAGUUUUACAACUUCAGCUUAAGUUUCUCUUCUUCUUUGAUUAAUAAGUAAUCUUUGACAUCAAUCCCCAUCACUUUGAUGGACCUAUAAAUUCUCACCCUGUCCAGAGACAUUUAGUUUCUUCUUUAAGGAAAGCAAUACUGCAUACUGUGUUUUCUUCUCAGGAGGUCUGUGCUGUGCAUUUUUCAAAGAUGGAAGUGCCCUGGACAAUAUUUCUAAUUCUACUUUUACAAAUUUUGAUGAGAACCACUUCAGCAACACUGGUCACCAGCUGUGAUUCUUGCCAUGGCGAAGCCUCCUGCUGGGAGUCCAGAGAAAGAGGCGACUCUUUCGCCAAGAGGACCUUCUCUUGUGCCUGUAGAGAUGGUUUUGUUGGUGAUGGUCUGACCUGCUACGAUAUAAAUCUCUGCAACAGCUCUUCCUGUUGUGAGAGCGGUUAUCGAUGGUCUCCAGAACUCGGCUGUGUGGACGUUGAUGAGUGCUCUCAACAGAGCUCCCCGUGCUCAGCGCAUCAGAUUUGCUCCAACAGACCAGGGUCCUAUGAAUGCCUGCAGCCUUCCUCCAACAGCAGAUCAGGUCUCAUUGAGGGAGCACUCCGACUGGCCAAUGGAGGAAGCCACUGCUCCGGCAGAGUGGAAAUCUUUCACGAUAGACAGUGGGGGACAGUGUGUGAUGACAUCUGGGACAACAUUAAUGCUCAGGUGGUGUGUCGACAGGUGGGCUGCGGAAGAGUCAUUUCAGCAACAUCAAGUGCACAUUUUGGACAGGGAACUGGGCCCAUAUGGCUGGAUAACGUGAGGUGCGCAGGAAAUGAAUUACAGCUUUCAGAAUGUCAACAUCAAGGGUUUGGCAAUCAUAACUGUAAUCACGGUGAGGACGCUGGUGUUGUCUGCGAAGGGCCCCUUGUACAGCUAACUUGUGGCCAAGAUAAACUCCAAGUAGGACUGGAUCUCAAUAGCACACAGUCUUCUGAUUUGGAUCCAUUCUCUGGCCACUUUGCUGCUCGCAACUGCUCAAGGUUCAAAGUUCAAGGGGAUGUUGUGUGGUACGAGGUGGAGGCUCGAGCCGGUGCCUGCGGAAAUAUAGUGACGAUCAACAGUACGCAUGUCAUCUUUGGGAACAAUUUAUUUCUCUACUCAGCAAACAAUGAAUCCUUCCUCCUUCCCAGGAGAUUUCCGUUCUCCUGUUCUUAUCCUUUGGAAACUGACACCAGUCUGAAUGUGGCUGUAAGACCAACUUUAGAGUGGGAACGAGGUAUUUCAGGUACAGGUCCCAAGGCCAGAGCCUCCAUGUCUCUGUUCCUGGACUCCAGCUACAAUUACACUUACCCAGCAGGCCAGGUCACCCUGCCAGUGGGCUCGCCGUUGUACGUCGGCGUUUCUGUGGAGGAAAUGGACUCAAACUUGGCGGUUGUUCUGGAGAACUGCUUUGCCACUCACACGUUAAACCCUGAGGACCCCAUACGAUACCCCCUCAUUGAGAACAAAUGUUCCACGGAUCGCCGUCAGGUGUCCGUGGUUCAGAGCGGCUCCUCCCUCCAGGCUCGUUUCACUGCUCUGUUGUUCCUGCUGGGGGAAGAUUAUCGAGAAAUUUAUCUUCACUGUAGCCUGAGCCUGUGUGACCAGAGACGCUCCAACUGUGUCCCGGUUUGUCAUAGCAGAAAGUUGCGUUCUGUUUCAAGCUUUCCUGCACUGAAGCCCAUCACUACUGGACCAAUAGUCUGGCGCAAAUGAAGAAAUAACAAGCUUUUUUCCUUGAAACGUGACACUCAUGUAAAGUAAUCAGACCAGUUGAAA